CUCGUAUCUCGAGAAUAACUUUUUCCAUUUUGUCCCAACUUGUUGCCCGCUCGCAUUAUCAGGUAAACAACUUGCGAAGUGUGCUUACUUUCAUUAGAAACUUCGCUUUACUGAAAAAUAAACUUCAAUCAAUCUUAUCGCAGUUUAUUGUUACGACGACAUUUACACGCGAUCUGUUAUGCGUCCGUGUGUGCGUUUCUCUCUAGACAUGUUCGAAGGGAAGGAAGGAUAUAAAAGAAAGUCUUUCUCGCGAGGAAGAAACUUUCAAGAUCGCGAUCUCGUCAACGUUCAAUCGAAUUUCGGCCGACCACGUGGACGUUGCUUCUCUAUCUGUUGAGACUUCAUCCCGCGAGGAUUAGCUUGUGUUCCACAUUCGUUCCGAAUCGAACGAAAGUGAGAUCGCGAGUGAUAUAUUGUGAGACGUAUUCGCGCGAAAACGUAUAAACGUACAUCUAGCGAUUUUACAUGCGGGUUUUUUGAUUUACAAUUUCGUUGAGCAACAAAAAGCGAGAAGGUCGUUAGAAAGUUUGACAAAUUUAAUUAAGGCGAGUUGAACGAGUGUUGAAGAGCACGUCCACGUUAAUCAAGAGACUUUGCCGAGAGAAAAAGUAUGCAGAUAUCUAUGGGUAUUGUGCUUUUCGGCUUGCUGCUAGAGUUGGUGAAGUUUGGUGAAACCUACAAAAUGUUCAAGCCGUUCAAGCCGUACAAACAUUAUUAUUCCCAACCGUGGCGUCCGCCGCGAUGGCACUCGUUUCCAAAACCGCUGAAACCCUAUCGUCCCAAAGGAAGACCGCAAAAAUAUUAUUUCUACGAACCGGAAUAUCACAGAUACGCACCGUCGUACGAAGACACAGUGGACUCGCACGACACCGGAAAACCGUACGUUAUAAUCAUACAACUGUCACAAAAAAAAGAGAACACGCAUCGUUCGUAUAAGCGUCAUCAUAUCACGGAUGAUCCGCUGAACGAUUACAUUGAUAACGACGAUGACGAGGUGAAAGUUUACCAGCUCGAUAACAAAGCAGUACAGAUCAAAGUUAACGACCGAUUGUCAGUACUUACAUCGUGACAUCUGCGGUUGUAAAAAAAAAAAAAAAUCUGAUUUUCUUUUAUUUGAUCGGUAAGAGAACAACAUAGUUGCAUUUGAAACUUGAUAUUUGUGUCUUCUCUUUACAUUGUUAUUUAUUUGAAUAAUGCUGAUGUUUCGUUAAAAUUUUUGUUCUUCAAUAAUUUUCUUUAAAAAUAUUGAAAUUUUAUCGAUGUAACGGGGAAAAUCAGAAAAUAGAAUACGAAUUUGAAUAAAAUACGGUUUUUUUUCCGUACGCUUAUAAUCAUUAAACCCGCGUUUCUCAAUGUAGUUUUUAUUUCUAACAUAAUAGUCAACGAACAUAUUUUUGUAAUUGUAAAUAAUAAUAACAUACAAUGUCGUCGUGAUGAUGAUGUGUCGCUGCUGCAGUCUAUUCUCGGGCGAGUCGCUUUUUGCUUUUUUGUUUUUUUGUUCUUCUAACGUCGACAAUUAAAAUUCGCUCGAAUCAAAUCCCGUUGCUUUAAGCUCGUGCCUACGUCGGAAAUUCUCAGAAGCGAGUCUCGAACAUUCGGAAUAAAUUUUGUUAAAAAACAGUUCGACAAACCUACUCUCUGACGUAUGUACAAAGUUGUAACACAUUACAAACAUUCACAGAAAGUUACAUUCAACCGAUUUAUCGAUAUUUACGUAUUUUUUUUUGUUCUUUUUUUUUUGUAAUUUUGACAAAUUUAUCGACAUUCACAUAAUCGUUUUGAAAUUUUGACGAUUUUUUUACUGACAUUUAUAUAUACACAAAAGUUGUUACAUAUUACAAACAUUCACAGAAUGUGUGUAUGUGUGUCAAUCGUUACAAAUAUAACUAUAUAUUUCGAUAAUAUAUUUUAUAUUGCUUUUUAUAUAUCCAGUUUUAUAUGUAUAGUCAGUUACAAAAGCAAUUAUGCAAUAUAAUAUACAUAAUAAUGAAAUAUUGCAGCAGUCUCGCGUCUGAUUGAAUAAAAGUAACUCCUAUUUGAACAACGACAAUCCUUUUUCCGACGUUUCCUUUUGUUUUUUUUGUUUUUUUUCGUUUUAGAAUUUUAUACACUUCUCUUUGUCGUUAACAUUACAAUACUCUUACAUUUAACA